AUGACAUGGAAUGCUCUGUGCCUUUUGAUGGCGGAUGCCGAUCCCGAGGUGCGGCGACUCUGCAGAAUUAGUAUAGUUUUCUUUGCACUCUGGAUUUUCGAUUUAAUCCUAAGCAUUUACUUUGAGUGUCUAAUUCUCAAUGUAAACUCCUUGGUUGUACUCCACGCGUGCACGACACUUGCGGCCGCCGCUGCGUCGUGCCAUUACGGUCACAACUCUCUGACGUCGUCGUUCUUCAAGGGCGAAAACAGCCGGCCACUGUUUCCCUCUGGUAGAAGCCGAGUACAAAGAAGGAGGAAUUCGUCUCAACUGGAUGCUAAUGUGAAUAUCAGCUGUCCUUUUGGCAUGAGGCGACUUUUUGUGUUGGUUUCAUUUGGUUCUACCGUCUUUCUCAUGUUUGGCUGCCUUACAAUGAUUGGGGAGAAUCUUCAUCACGCUCUCCACGCAUCUGACAUGCCCCCUGCCCUGCUAAUUAUUAUUAGCGUAUGCCAUGUUGUCUUGGUAACUGUGUACGCAGAUGAAAUCGACGCGUACGAUUGUGUUAGCGGUAGAGGUGUUGAUCCCCACGAUGUGCACAGCCUAUCCACCAGACAGGUGAGCUGCACAGCUCAACAGCUUCGGAAGCCCGCAAAGGAGAUGUCGUGUGGGUCAUUAUUUUUUAAUCGCACUGUGCGUGCUGGUGCGCGUGCCUUUGCUCCAUUGACAUGCAUCGCAGUAUGUCUUGCGACAAUGUUUUUGAGAAAUCCCCUGUGGGAAAUGGGUGGGGCGUUUCUGUUGGCAGUCUACACGUGUGUGGUUUCCUUCAGGAAAGCGAAGGAGAUGGCGUGGCUACUUACAAACAAUAUGGUUUGCCAGCCGUCCGUUGUGGCUGCCUGUGAUGGUGCUAUUCGUAACGUGAAACUGGUUGAGGGUGUGCUUCAAGUUCAGUCUGCCAUUUUUUGGGAGGUGGCGAAAGGUGAGAUGAUGGCACUUGUGUACGUACGGCUCAUGUCAUCUGCGGAUCCCUCCGCCGUGACGGUAGCGGUACGGCGCACUCUCGAACAGGUUGCGUCGCACGUCUUCGUCGAAGCUCGAGCCCCACACGAAGAGGACGAUGAUGCAGAUGGUCCGGGGACGGUGGAUCAUUCGGCUCACUACCAUGACCAUUCCCAUGGCUGUGGGCAUGGCCAUCAUUUUCAUGGCUCCGCUGGAGAAAGACAUGAGGCAGAGAAGCACGAGCGAUGCGGACAGGGCGUAGCGAAUAAGGGAGAACAUGAUAGUCUAUUUCCGGUUUGGGUGACCUCUUCUUCAAUAUCUUCUGUUUAUUUUCCGCCCUUUUCAGAGUCCCCGAUGAGCACCGUUGUGGAGUUGGCCUCGCGCUGUGCGUGUCAACAGUCAUCCAUCAGUACUGGAAACCACUCUGUGCCCAACUCGUUGCGGUCCUUUACACUUGUCCCCCCACCAUUCCCGAAGCCGCCGUCAUGA